GCUUAUGGAAGGAAAGGUGAUCGAGUCUUUUGUUGGUUAGACUUGAUUCUCUUGUAAGGAGGAGGAGGAGGAGGAGGAGAAAGAAGAAGAAGAAGAAGAAAAGAAGAUGAUGGAGAAUAGAAUAAUAGGAGAAAAAAGUGAUAGUAAUGAUGACGGUGAAUUCAAAAUAACAGAAGGAUUGAAACAAAAAAUGGAAGCGAAAUAAAAAAGAAAUUCAAGAAAAAACUAAAACCAUUUCACACACACACACACACACACACACACACACACACACACACACACACACACACACAAACACACAGAUUAUGGAAAGUGAGAGAGGCGGUAGUGAGGGAAUGAAGGAGGUAAAGAAAGAUUGAAGGAGAGGAAAUAAGGAGGAGGGAAGGAAGAAAGAAGGAAGGAAGGAAGGAAGGGGGUCUAUGUAGGAUGCCGCAGUUUGACGCAGGAGGGAGGGAAAGGGGUCAUCAGGAGGGAGGGAGGGAGGGAGGGAGGAAGGGGGAGAGGGAAGGAUGUGUGAUGUAACUUAGGGUUCAAAAGAUGUAACUGAAUUAAAAGGAGUUAAAAGGGAGGAAACAAACGAGGUUGAAUAGGACACACACACACACACACACACACACACACACACACACACACACACACACACACACACACACACACAGAUUAAUGUUCCUUUUGAUGCUUGAUGAAGGAAAAAAUCUCAAUAAAAGAAUAAAAGUUUGUUUCUCUUAUUUCAUUUAAUUUUCUUUUUUUUUUUUUCUUUAUCUCUUCUUUUUCUUUUUAUUCUGCAAUGUUUUCUUUCUUUCUCUUCAAAGUUCUUCUUUUUCUUUUUAUUCUGCAAUGUUUUCUUUCUCUCUUUCCAAGUUUCUUCUUUUUCUUUUUAUUCUGCAAUGUUUUCUUUCUUUCUUUUCAAUUUUCUUCUUUUUCUUUUUAUUCUGCAAUGUUUUCUCUCUUUCGUUUCAGUUUUCUUCUUUUUCUUUUUAUUCUGCAAUGUUUUCUUUCUUUCGUUUCAGUUUUCUUCUUUUUCUUUUUAUUCUGCAAUGUUUUCUUUCUUUCUUUUCAGUUUUCUUCUUUUUCUUUUUAUUCUGCAAUGUUUUCUCUCUUUCGUUUCAGUUUUCUUCUUUUUCUUUUUAUUCUGCAAUGUUUUCUUUCUUUCGUUUCAGUUUUCUUCUUUUUCUUUUUAUUCUGCAAUGUUUUCUUUCUUUCGUUUCAGUUUUCUUCUUUUUCUUUUUAUUCUGCAAUGUUUUCUUUCUUUCUUUUCAAGUUUCUUCUUUUUCUUUUUACUCUGCAAUGUUUUCUCUCUUUCGUUUCAGUUUUCUUCUUUUUCUUUUUAUUCUGCAAUGUUUUCUUUCUUUCGUUUCAGUUUUCUUCUUUUUCUUUUUAUUCUGCAAUGUUUUCUUUCUUUCUCUUCAAGUUUCUUCUUUUUCUUUUUACUCUGCAAUGUUUUCUUUCUUUCUUUUCAAGUUUCUCCUUUUUCUUUUUACUCUGCAAUGUUUUCUUUCUUUCUUUUCAAGUUUCUUCUUUUUCUUUUUACUCUGCAAUGUUUUCUCUCUUUCUUUUCAAGUUUCUCCUUUUUCUUUUUACUCUGCAAUGUUUUCUCUCUUUCUUUUCAAGUUUCUUCUUUUUCUUUUUACUCUGCAAUGUUUUCUUUCUUUCUCUUCAAGUUUCUUCUUUUUCUUUUUAUCCUGCAAUGUUUUCUGUCUUUCUCUUCAAGUUUCUUCUUUUUCUUUUUUACUCUGCAAUGUUUUUUUCUCUUUCUUUUCAAGUUUCUUCUUUUUCUUUUUACUCUGCAAUGUUUUCUCUCUUUCUUUUCAAGUUUCUCCUUUUUCUUUUUACUCUGCAAUGUUUUCUUUCUUUCUUUUCAAGUUUCUUCUUUUUCUUUUUACUCUGCAAUGUUUUCUUUCUUUCUUUUCAAGUUUCUCCUUUUUCUUUUUACUCUGCAAUGUUUUCUCUCUUUCUCUUCAAGUUUCUUCUUUUUCUUUUUACUCUGCAAUGUUUUCUCUCUUUCUUUUCAAGUUUCUCCUUUUUCUCCUCCUCUUUAUCUUUGCGUAUGAAAAGUUGCAUAAGACUUUCCAGCGCUGAUCUGUUUUCUUUGUUCGGAGGUUUUUCUGAAAAUAUAUUACCUUCCAAGCUGAUCCCUCCCUCCUCCCCUCCCCUCACCAUCCUCUCACACACAAGCUCCCUCAGUCUCUCCCUCACAUUCACCCUUCAUCUCAAUCCAUCCCUUCCCCCCAAAAUUCCUCCCUUUCUCCAGUUUUCCCCAUUACUUUCGGUCUUAUACACUUUUUUCUUUUUUUACGUCUACGCCUAUAGCGCCGGUAGGCUUGCUUGAGGGGCCUGGAUGGUAGUCGGCCCCAGCCCGUCAUGGCGCAGGCAAGUGUUUAUAGUGGCGCCAUCUUCUCGUGGCUCAUGCUGCCCCCCGGAACUCGUUCUUGAUUCACUUGGACGGUUUCCUCUAGAGUCCGGGUUGAUGGGUGGUCUUCUGGACAGCAUGUGGGUAGUUUUAAGCCACUCGGCGGCGGCUGAAAAAUCCCAGCUUGGUGGCACCGGGCGGGGAUUGAACUCGUGUCGUCCUGAACGCGGCGCCGCCACGCUGUCGACUCAGCCACCGCCUCCCCUAACCUUUACCCCUCUAACCUAACCUAUUUCUGUUUUCUCUUUGCUUCCUUACUAUCGUCCUUCCUAUCCGGUCUUCCCUAUAACUUCUACAUCCUCCUCCUCCUUCUCCUCCUCGGGAGGGAGCUCGCCUCACGCUCUCUUGCUUUAUGCAGAUCCUUUCUUCAUUAGGUCAAGUUUCAACAGGAGCGGAGGAGUGAGUAAAGUAUCUUCCUCAUCCUCCUCCUUUUCUUCCCUCCCACUCGGCCUCCUCAACUAUAUGCAAGUGUUUUCUCCCCCUCCCUCUCCUGCUCUUCCUCACCUCCCCGUGUUUAUGUGACUUCAGUGCCAGUCUGAGCGGACCUUAUGCUGCCUCCUCAAUUAUGAUUCUGGUGCCAGUUCAGUAUGACCUUACACUGUCCUCUCCUUAUUAUUCCCGUUUCUUCUUAUACUUGUUCGCUUUCAAGUUCAUUUUGUCUGCUUACUCCUUCUCCUCCUCUCUUCUGUUUGAAUUAAGUUUCCAUUCUUAUCUUUUUCCGUUUCUUCUCUCUCCUUCCCUCGACCCACGGCGCAUUAUUCCUCCUCUUCUUCCUCCUCCUCCUCCUUCUUUAUGUCCAGUGAGAGUCUCUUCAUCAAUUCUCCCUCCGUUGUCUCCUCUUCCUCCUCCUCCUCCUCCUCCUCCUUCUUUAUGUCCAGUGAGAGUCUCUUCUUCACUUCUCCCUCUUUUGUCUCCUCUUCCUCCUCCUCCUCCUCCUUCUUUAUGUCCAGUGAGUCUCUUCUUCACGUCUCCCUCCGUUGUCUCCUCCUCCUCCUCCUCCUCCUUCUUUAUGUCCAGUGAGAGUCUCUUCUUCACUUCUCCCUCCGUUGUCUGCUCUUCCUUCUCCUCUUUCAUUAUCUCCUCCCCGUCGCCACCCUUCCUCUCCUUUCAUCGCCUCCUCUCGCUGUCAGAUUUCUCUCUCCCUCCUCCUCUGCUUCAUUAGUUUCUUUUUUAACUGUCACAUCUCUUUUUCUUCUGUCUGUCAGCGUGUCUGUCUGCUUGAGUGUUUGGCUGUGUCUGUCCGUCUCUCUCUCUCUCUCUCUCUCUCUCU